UUCCCGCGAACUGGUGGAUGCUCUCGCGCCCUGACGCUGUCUUGCUAGCUGCUAGAAGACGCACGGAGGUGUCGCCGUCCGGAUUAUCUCAACAAUACAGUAAUAGCAGGUUUCAAACUCGCACACAUGGCGAAGCAAAGCUCCCUUUUCAACUUUUUCACCAAGUCUCCGCCGUCGGUCUCCAAGCCGAAGCCGAGCCCUUCACCGACCGAGGCGGACCUGCCUUCCUCCGUGGAGAAGUCCAGCUCCUCUCCGAAAGAGCAAGCUAAUCAGACACCGCAGCAAGCACCCAAGACCAGCAAAGUCAAACCGAAAAGCAACAAGUCUCCGAAAGGAGGAUUCAACAAACUCUUUGGCGACAAUGCCCCAGCAGCCAAACAAAGCAGCAACACAUGCACAUUCAGUGCUGGUGCCCUUGUGUGGGCGAAGCUCGAGGGACACCCCUGGUGGCCGUGCAUGGUGGUACCCCAACCUCUGACUGGACAGCAGAUGAGGGGCCGCGGUCGGAACCAGCGCAUACACGUCCACUUCUUUGAUGAACCCACUACUAGAGGAUGGGUCAGCACCAAGUAUAUCAGAGAGUACCACGGCUCUGACAGCAGCGAUGCUAAAACAGGAGGGGUGUUCUUCAGCGGCAAGCCUGCAAUCCGUCGUUCAAUGGAGCUUGCUGAUGGAGUUAUGUUUGACAGCCCAGAUAAAAGACUGAAGAUGCCUAUCUGCAUGGAUCCGUCUGAUGAGGAAGAGGAGGAAGAGGAUGAUGAUGAGGAAGAAAUGGAGGUUGACGGGUCAACGGUGAGUGAUGAAGAGGGCAGUGAUGAGGAAGAACAGAAAAAUGAGAAAGUGAAGUCAUCCAAAGUCAGUCUCCGUUCAUCCCGUGUUUCAACAGAACAGGGAAAUAAGGCCAAGCGCCGCCGCAUAAUCGUAGCUUCCGACAGUGAUGGAUCAGAUGAGGAGUUCAAACCAGAAAAGGCUGCGUCCAGCAGUGAGGAAGAGGAGGAGGAGGAGGAGGAGGAAGCAGCAGCAGCGGUGAGCAGUGAAGAAGGCAGCACACACGAGUCAGAAGCAGAAAGCCCCAUCAAGCCUGUGAAGCGCAAACGUCCGGCAGAAAAGCCCGCUGCUGCCAAACCUAAGACGCCCGCUACCCCGUCCAGCGCACCAAAACGAGCUCCAGCAGCCGUCACAGUCGACACAAAGUCUCGCCUGUCGGCCUUCUCGGCCCCCGACAGCUUUGAGAGCCAGGCCAACGGAUCCGGCACCGGUGGAGGCGCCACAGUUUGGGACCACGAGAAGCUGGAGUGGUGUCAGGAUGGCAGGAGGAAGGACAGCCGAAGGCGGCGGCAGACCGAGGACGACUACGACCCCACCACCCUGUAUGUGCCGGAAGACUUCCUCAACAGACUCAGUCCCGGUAUACGCCGGUGGUGGCAGCUCAAAUCUCAGAUGUUCGACACGGUCGUUUUCUUCAAGGUGGGGAAGUUUUACGAGCUCUACCACAUGGACGCCGUGAUCGGAGUCAAUGAGAUGGGACUGACUUUCAUGAAGGGGACCUGGGCGCACUCGGGCUUCCCGGAGAUCGGCUUUGGCCGUUUCUCCGACGUCCUGGUGCAGAAAGGCUACAAGGUGGCCCGCGUGGAGCAGACAGAGACUCCAGAGAUGAUGGAGGCACGCUGCAAGAGCAUGGCCAGGCCCACAAAGUUCGACCGCGUGGUGAGAAGAGAAGUGUGCCGGAUUAUCACUCGCGGUACCCAAACCUACAGCGUGUUGGACGGCGCUCCCUCCGAGAGUCAGAGCAAGUUCCUGCUGAGUUUAAAGGAAAAGGCCGAAGAGGAAAGCUCGGGAUGUUGCCGCACCUACGGAGUCUGCUUCGUCGACACCUCCGUGGGUUAUUUUCACAUCGGCCAGUUCCCAGACGAUCGUCACUGCUCCCGCCUGCGCACCCUGAUCGCACACUUUGCCCCGGCCGAAGUGCUCUUUGAAAAGGGGAACCCAUCCGUCGAAACGCGCAAAAUACUCAAGGCCUCUCUGUCCUCUGCUCUGCAGGAAGGACUCAAUGCAGGCACCCAGUUCUGGGACGCUCAGAAGACUCUGAAAACCCUCUUAGAAGAAGAUUACUUUAGAGAGGCUACUGGCACGGAUCAGGAGACGGGGACCAACUUCCUCCCCCCUCUUCUAAGAAUGAUGACCUCUGAGAGCGAUUCCCUGUGCCUCACUCCUAAAGAGGGCUGUGAGCUGGGACUGUCGGCACUGGGCGGAUGCAUUUUCUACCUGAAGAAGUGUCUGGUCGACCAAGAGCUGCUCUCUUUGGCCAACUUUGAAGAAUACGUCCCCGUCGAUGUGGAGCUGGAGAAAGCCGCCGGACCGGCCAGUUUCUUUGCCCAGACCCGUCAGCGGAUGGUCCUCGACGGAGUGACUCUAGCCAACUUGGAAAUCUUUCAGAACGGGUCGGGAGGAACUGAAGGGACGCUGCUGGAGCGCUUGGACACCUGCUCGACCCCGUUCGGCAAGAGGCUGCUGAAGCAGUGGCUCUGCGCUCCUCUGUGCAACCCCACGUCCAUCAAGGACCGGCUGGAUGCGGUGGAAGACCUGAUGGGCGCUCCGGCUCAGGCCACCGAGGUCUCAGACCUGCUGAAGAAGCUCCCAGAUCUGGAGCGUCUCCUGAGUAAAAUCCACAGCAUCGGCACCCCUCUGAAGGGCCCGGAUCACCCCGACAGCCGGGCGGUGCUCUACGAGGAGGUCACCUACAGCAAGCGCAAGAUAGCGGACUUCCUCUCGGCCCUGGAAGGUUUCAAAACCAUGCAGGAGAUCAUCACCGUCCUCACUCCAGUGUCGGGCGAAUCUCAAUCCGCAUUGCUCCGUCAAGUCGGCCAUCCGAAAAGUGAGGAGGACGGCCUCUUUCCCGACCUCUCUGCCGAACUGAGGCGCUGGGAGACAGCCUUCGACCACCAGAAAGCCCGCACCACCGGGGUCAUCACCCCCAAAGCGGGCUUUGACCCGGAGUUCGACCAGGCUCUAGCCUCCAUCAAGAGCUGCGAGCGAGAGCUGCAGGACUACCUGGACCAACAGAAGAAGAGACUCGGCUGCAAGAACAUGUCGUACUGGGGAACCGGGCGGAACCGCUUCCAGAUGGAGGUGCCGGACGGCUUCUCCAAGGGGACCGUUCCCGAGGAGUACGAUGUGAAGUCUACGAAGAAAGGCUGGAAGCGCUACGUGACCAAGGAGACAGAGCGGCUGUUCUCAGAGCUGCAAGGGUUCGAGGAGAAGAGAGAUGCGGCCCUGAAGGACUGCAUGAGGAGACUCUUCUUCAACUUCGACAAGAACUACAAAGACUGGAAGACCGCUGUGGAGUGCAUGGCGGUGAUUGAUGUGCUGCUGGCGUUGUCCCGCUACAGUCAGGGCGGAGACGGGCCGAUGACCCGGCCACAGGUGGUGCUCCCUGAGGGGGACGAUCAGGUGCUGACCUUCCUCGACCUCACCGGAUCCCGCCACCCCUGCGUCACCAAGACCUUCUUCGGCGAUGACUUCAUCCCCAACGACGUCUUCAUCGGCUGCCCCGGCAGCAGUGAGACCGACGAGGGAAAGGAGCACGCCUCCUGUGUCCUCGUCACGGGGCCCAACAUGGGCGGAAAGUCUACUCUCAUGAGACAGUGUGGACUUGUAAUCAUCCUGGCUCAGCUGGGUUGCCAUGUUCCCGCCGAUAGCCUGCGCUUUACACCGGUCGACCGGGUCUUCACUCGGCUGGGAGCCUCCGAUCGCAUCAUGGCUGGAGAGAGCACCUUCUUCGUGGAGCUAAGUGAGACUGCCAGCAUCCUGCACCACGCCACUAAACACUCGCUUGUGCUUCUGGACGAAUUAGGGAGGGGCACAGCCACAUAUGAUGGCACAGCGAUCGCCAGCGCUGUCGUGAAGGAGCUCGCUGAGAAGAUCUGCUGUCGCACCCUCUUCUCCACACACUACCACUCGCUGGUGGAGGACUACGCCAACAACCCCGCUGUGCGGCUGGGCCACAUGGCGUGCAUGGUGGAGAACGAAUGUGAGGAUCCGAGUCAAGAGACCAUCACGUUCCUCUACAAGUUCAUCACUGGCGCUUGUCCCAAGAGUUACGGGUUCAACGCCGCUCGACUCGCCAGCCUGCCAGAGGCGGUCAUCCAAUCAGGACACAGGAAGGCCAGAGAGUUUGAGAAGAGCACCGUCAGUCUCAGACUCUUCAAGAAGCUCUGCCAGUUUGCUGAAGACGCCACACCGGGAGGAACACACUUCUCUUCCCUCGCUCAGAUGCUCAACGCCCUGUAGCUUAAAAACACGCUUUGUUCUCGCUGAAUGUUUGUUUCCUCAGCACUCGAAAAAACACUACUGUAAUGAUCUAAUAAAGUUUAUUUAAAAAAAAAAAAAAAAAUGACAAUGUUUCAUCUAGGAAAUUAAACCCUUUUAAUUCACGCUAGCGCCUACAUAACGGUUAUUGAAUACUUCACAAUAUAUUAAGUCUAGAUGUUAUGAUACAUGCAUACAUUUCAGUCUGUAUGAGAACCCACAAUCACCAGUACACAUGAGUGGGGAGGGGGGGCGGCGAUGGAACCAUAUAGCGCUGUGUAUGGAUACUUGUCUCAGCUUCAGCAGAGUGAAAGCCUUUGAAAUUCUCCAGCAACAUUGGUAAACAAGGGAAAACAUAAAUGAGCUGAGCUUUCACAAGACUCGUCUCCGCUUCUUUGACAAAGUAUCUUAACAGACCAAGAAGCAGCAUUUGUGCCUUUUAUUAAAAGAAGAAAAUAAAACCACAUUGAUUCUAAAACAGGUUAAGAUGUAUAUAGAUUUUAUAGUUAGUCAAUGUACCACAGAAGUUACAACCAUCCAAAUGUUUAACGGCUGCAUAAUAAUGCUUCUCUUAUGUGACGAGGAAAGCAAAAGGCUGCAUCUUCAGAAGAAUACCAUGUGGCUAAACGUCUCUCUUCCUGUAAAUUGGGUUUAACGUGACGGGCCAAUACGAACAGAAUAAACAAAAUAUGCAUAGAUUAUGUAAAAGAACAGAAACCUGUUCAGCUCCCAUACAGAAACAUUGAUGGUGCUACUCCAAACAAAAAGAAAAUAUAUAUACAAGUCUGGUGAAAGCACAUUUCAGCAUCGGUAUUGCAAAUGUAAAUGAGUCAACAUUGCUGGAGAAAAUGUUUAGUGUUUUCCUCUUUUCUCUUUCACAGAAAGAAGUUGGAUACUGCGACAUGUAGAAUUACAGCUAUUCUAAAAGGUAUAUAACAAAAAAAACACAUAAAAUAAAGACAUUCAAGUACAGUAAGAUUUUUGCAUGAAAAUACAAAACUACACAAAAAGCAUUAAAAUCAAAUCUCAACAGUUGUCUUGAUGAAAACAAAAAAAGCUGAAGUGCUAGGUCAUUUUUGCCGUACAUAUCAUACGAGCACGUCGGUUGCCCAGUGAUGGAAGCAUUGUUGUAUUUGGGGCCUUUUUUUUUUUGCCUCGUGA